GCAAGUUGCAGCCAGUUCCUUUUUUUAGGAACACUAUUCUGUUCAUCUCAAUAGUGUUGGUGGUUUACGAAGUGUUGAUGGCUGAACAUAACACCCAUUCAGAACUUUUUACAAUGUUGAAUCAUCUUCUUAUGCUUUGUCUCGUCUAUCAUAUCGGAACUGCCUCUGAAGAAAUCACUAUAUCUGUGACGGGAAUAAAGGGAGGCAGCGUGACCCUGCCAUGUGAAUAUAAGGCCAAUGAGAUUUCCGAGUUUAGUUUAAACAGUCGGUCAGAAAACAUCCCUGUUUGUCAGACUGAAGAAUGUAGUGGUCGAGUGUUUAAAGAAGGAAACUGUGACAUCAUCAUCAAGGAUCUGAGACUGAGUGAUGCUGGGAAAUACUUUUUUAAUGGCUAUUACACUAAUGAUCAGAGAGAAGUGGAGCGAGAAAUCAGAAAGUACCAUCUUCAUAUUCAGGGUGAGAUUUCUGUGAAAACAGGAGAGCAGCUGAAGAUGGAUGUUCUGUUGAUCAAUGCUGAUAAAGUGGAGAAAAACUCCAGUGGAGAGUGGACAGAGGUGUGGACGAGAGGUCACGGGGUCAGCAGUGAUCGACUGACCGACAGAGAUGGAAAUCUGACCAUUAGUAAUUUUACAGUCUCUGACACUGGAACAUACAGAGUUCUGGACUCUGAAGGAGAAAUCUGGAUCACAGUCACAGUCACAGAAUCAAAGGAAAAACUGGACAACAUGGAUAAUCACAAAACUGAUGACACAAAACAAGCUACUGUAUGGCACUGGAUUAUGAUUGUUGGACCGAAUGUGUUUGGGGCUCUGCUGGCUCUGGCUCUCACUUUAUAUCCUUUAAUCAUCCGUUAAUCAAGAACAUGAUUCAAGAGCAUUCCUACCUAGGGUCCCCAAUUCAUUGGCCCAGAAAAUCUAGCGAUGCCACUGAUUACUUAUAAGUUACCUUCAGAUCUUCUCACAGUCCCUUCCCUGCUUCAGAUCCUCCACCAUCAUCCCCAUUCCCAAUCCCAAUCCCAAAGAAACCCAAAAUCACCAGACUAAAUGACUACAGACCUGUUGCUUUGACAUGUGUGGUCAUGAAGUCAUUUCAGAGACUGAUGGUGGCCCACCUGAAGGACAUCAAUGGACCCCUUAUGAGACAAACGGGUCUGUGGAUGAUGCAGUCAAUUUGGGGCUGCAUUAUAUCCUAUAACCAGGGACUUAUGCAAGGAUCCGGCUUGUGGAUUUCAGCUCCGCCUUAAUCACCAUCAUCCCAAACCUCCUCCUGCCCAAACUCUCUGUGCACACCUCCAUCUGUCACUGGAGCCUGUGAGGCUUGGAAGACUCCCAUCCAACAUCAGCACUGGUGCUCCAUAGGGAUGUGUGCUCUCCUCACUGCUCUUCUCCCUGUACUCCAACUACUACACCACAAAACACACUCAUUUGCCUCAUCCUCAUCUGUGACGAGUCUGCUUACGGACUGGAGAUUGAACAGCUGGCUGCAGAUAUAACAACCUGGAGUUGAACACACUCAAAACAGUGGAGAUGAACGUGGACUUAAGGAGAAACACCCCAGCAUUAUUCCCACUCAGCAUCAUCAACAGCACUGUGGAGGCAGUGGAGUUAUUCAGGUUCCUGGACACCACCAUCUCUCAGGACCUGAAGUGGGACAAUCACAUUGACCCGUCCUCUGCAUGAUGUUUUAUUAACAAAGCAAGUUCAGAUUAAUCUAAUUAGCACAGGUGGAGCGCAUUCAGUUAAUCAACGCAACCGAUGUCAAGAGGUAUAAAUUCAGCAGCCUUACCUCUGUUCAUCUGAGAGUUUAUCAGCAUCCCUCCUCCACCCCAUCUCCUCACUUAUAGUUCCAUCUACUUUUACCACACCGGGGGGGAGUACUCUGGGUUCGGGACAAAAUUCCGAGCUCGGAGCCCUCUCCCCGGACAGCACGCCAAAUACGCAUAACUUUACUCUAUUUAAUUAUAUGGAUAUGUGAACUCGUGAAACGUCUGUACCUGGUUCAGGCAAUCUACCUCAUGCCUCCUGAGCAAAAACAUGUGCAAUAAACAACACUAUUUAUAUUUCUUUAACACUCCAUGGGCCAGAUUUACAAAACAGUAAAUUAAUGUGGGAGCAUAAUUCCAUAAAAACACUGAUGUCCAUCCCUUUUCACUGCAAUUCUGUUAGUAAAUCUGGCCUCAAGCUUCCUAUUGUUACAUGCUCUGUUCAUUGUGUUUUCUGUGAUAGUUUCUCUGUGUUGUUAAUUAGUCAUUUCCUUCACCUGUGCUUUAAUUAUCUCAUCAGUUUCCUUUGUUUGCUCGUCAGUUAUCACAUUAGUCCCUGUGUAUUUAUAUUUUGCGUUCUACCUCAUUCUCUGUCCAUUCUCGUCUAUGUUUUUACGUCGUUUUGUUCUCCUGUGUUUAGAUUUGAUAAUUAAAUACCAUUAACUUGGACUAUUCCUGUCGUGCGCUUCAUUCAACACACACGUUCUGUGGCACUUUUUUACAUUUCUUUGCAUUUGUAAGCAUGCUAGGAAAUAAAGCUUGUUCUCAACUCAAUUUUAA